GCGAGGGAAAAAAAAGCAAACUUUAGUUCUAUAUACAGUUCUUCUAAUUUCACUAGCAGUGACUGUUUUACCUGUUGACUUUACUGUAGCCAAUAACAUGCAUUCACCUAAUGUCCAGGUAACGAGGAAUUAGUUUUGUUACUAGGCUACAAACACAAAAAAAGGAAAGUCGAAUGUCCGGGGGUUUCUUCUGUAUAUUUUUACCAUACAAAUUAGCAGAUUCCAACCUUUAAAUAAUGAAAGAAAAAGAAAGAAAGACACGAGGAAACAGAAACUCCCCUUUAAAGAGAUGACAGCAUGCAACGAUAAGAUCUGAAGGACCAGGGGACCAUUGAUUGCUAAGCAGGUGUGGUGCUGGGUGUUUACUGUAUGAAUGACUGGGAUCAGAGGCACCCGUCUCUGCAUGGCACAACGCAGAUAAAACACCGUACACUCGCAUGUUCCGCCCACGUUCAUUUUCUCUGCUUUGCAUCUCACUUCGCAAUCUGAUGGCAAAACAAACAUACAGCACCGAGGUCAGGUGAGAUAAGAGGAAAAGCUCAGAGUCUUCCUGUUCGAGCAAAGCAGAGGACUGGUUUCUGACACCUCAGCGCGUGACGCCGUGCAGCGUGAAGUCUGGUGUUGCAAUAAGGGCUGUGUUUUUAUUGAGUAACAGGAAGAGAAGUCUGCUCAGUCUCUGGCCUGAGAGCUGCACUCACAAUGGGAUCGGCCAUCUCCAAACGUUAUCAGACAAAACCAGCCAGCGUUCUGCUCCUGGGCCUUGACUCCUCAGGCAAGUCCACUCUGCUGUACAAGCUUAAGGAUGACCUGGCAGUGGAGACCUCACCCACUAUCGGCUUUAAUGUAGAGAUGCUGGAGCUGGCCCACAAGACAACCUUGACUAUCUGGGACGUUGGAGGGCAGGACAGCAUGAGGCCCAACUGGAAGCACUACCUGGAAGACUGCGACGCGCUGGUGUUCGUGGUGGACAGCGCUGACAGCUCCAGGCUAGACCAGGCUAAAGCGGUCCUGAGGAAAAUCAUGAAGGACGACAACAUGAAGGGGGUCCCCCUGCUGGUCCUGGCUAACAAGAAGGAGCUUCCCCAGUCGCUGAGCAUCCGCGAGAUUUCCAACAAGCUGGAGCUCUCCAGCUACGAGGACACUGACUGGGAGAUCCAGGCAUGUAGUGCCUACACAGGGCUUGGGCUCCAACAGGCUUUACUCUCAUUGGCCAAGCGCAUUAAAGAACGGUAGCGAGCGACAGCUUCAUCUGCAGUGAAGGAUGUGACACUGAGGUUUUUCAAUCCUAGGCUUUCCUUUCACCAUUUUGUGUCCAGAAAGACAUGUGUCAGAGCUUCCUAGUGGCCAGGGGGUUUGUUUCUUAUCUUCCUCAUUCAGAACCAGAGCCGGACUGAGAAACAAACAGCAGUAAAGCUCACAAAUUGCAGCUCACACAGACAACAGCUCUAGAAAGGUGAGAUUCUGCUUUUUAAGGAAAACUCUUGGAUUUUUCACACACCGUGCAGUCUACAACGAAGUAAGUUUAAAUCAAAUUUGAAUGCAAUAGCAACCUUAGGCUCCCCGGCAUCAAAUUAAUUCAGUGUGCAAUCCACUAAGGAGCCAAAAAUGUCUCGAUUGUUACAGUGCUGUUUCAUCUAUUGUAUAUGUACUUUGUUGUGCAGGCAUCAAGAUGUGUAUAUUCACAGUGAAAAAAAUAAUUUCAUUGUUAUUGCCAUCCUGUUAUUUGUAUAUUAUUUAAUGAUGCAGUGUUUUAACAAUAAAUUGUAUUUUAAAAGGACGCAUGUUGGAUACCUAUUUAUAAAACUUUCCUAAGGAUUGUGCUACUGCAUCAGGAUGUCGGUGACACCUGCCUAUAGCUACACAGUGACUAUGGCAUCCAAGCCAGCUCUCCAACACAGUGAAAGACACCUGCUCUUAGAUCUCUCAGGCAGGUGUGAAACAGAGAGCCAUGGGCUUUCCCAGUUCAGCAGUGAUUCAUCAAUUUAUAGUUUUCAAACAUGAAGAAUAAAGGCUAGCCUGCUGGAAGAGUGUCAUGUUUGCAUUUAACUUAUAACUACAAACUGGAUACAUUUUCUCAAUUUACAGGAACCUAUAACCUCAAGGUCUUAGUCAUCAAGACAGCUUCCAGUUCCUUCUCUUAUGAAGCUGUGUAAUAUAACUCACAAAGCAAAAAGUGGUGAAAAAAAUUGUUACUGAUCUUGAAAUAUUACCAUUUGCAUUUAUUUCAGUAGUGAGAAAUACCAUUGUCUGUACAUUUAAAGUCACAGAGACUUCCUACUCUGCCUGAAACCGAAUUUUAACAGUGCUGAGGUACCCUGUAGUGAUUCUUAGUCAGGAUGAAACACUUUCUGGAAAAACAUUUGUUCAUAAUUACUCUGUAUGAUUUUGAGAGUUCUGAAGAUUUCUUUCAUCUUUAUUUGUUUAAAGGUUCACAGGAAUGCAUCACGAAUAUUCUCUCAGAAAUGUAACACAUGUAUUUUGGAUAUUUUAUUGAUGUUUCUUUGCUGUUCUCAUGAACAGUACCGAUACUGUAGUGUUGUAGCAUCUUCUUUCUGUAUUAUUUUCUUCCUUUACUGAAAGAAAA